AUAGUCUUAGAGUAAUGUUGUCUCAUCGAAAUUUGUUACUUUUCAUCCAAACUCUAAGUGCCCCAGGAUCAAUGGAUAUUCGACGUGGAGACCGAAUACUAGUUUUCUUGCCAUUAUUUCACGGUUAUGCGUUCGGAAUGAUGAAUACGGCAAUAAGUUGCGGUGCAGCUGUGUACAUAAUGGGAAAUUUCGAGUUAGAAACGUUACUCAGUUCCGUAGAAAAAUACAGAAUUACGCAUAUACCAUUGGUCCCUCCAGUUUUAGUUGGUCUUGCGAAGCAUCCAAUGGUGCCAAAUUACGAUUUCAGCAGCGUGAGAGAGAUCGUUUCCGGUGCGGCACCGCUUCCGCCGGAUGUAAGUUUUUCGUCCAAACUACCCAACGUAAUACGUUAUAACGUUAUUCUAUAAAACGUAAUACGUUAUAACGUUAUACCAUAUAACGUAAUACGUU